AUGUCUCCCAUGGCAUACAUCUCAUCGAAACCAGCAACCUCCUCUGUUCUCUCCGUCGUAACAGGCAUCUCUCAGUCAACCUUGACACCGUAUCACCGUCUAUUCGGCCGGAUAGUCAUCUCGCCUCUCUUACUAGCCCACGCUUCGCUUUACAUGCUCUUCUUUGUGCAGUCUAGUCAUCCGGAGUUUGGCACUUUGCUCGCUAAGCGAGUACAAGACUUAGAUGUCCAAUGCGGUAUUGUUGCCCUUCUCGCGGUCGUGCUUCUCUUCCUCUUCGCACGGCCUCGGGGUGCUGCACAGAGUGGACUGCAGUCCUGGUUGAUGCAGGGCCCAUUACAAGAGCGCCGCCGCAUGUUCUACUUCGGCCAUGUGUCUUUGGUGAUCUUGUUGGGCGUUGCAGCUUACACACAUGUCAAGCAAGCGCAAAGGUAUAUCAUACAGACCUUGGGGGCCUCGAUACUGAAUGGGGUUUGUUCUUGGGUUAUAUUGCGAUAUGUCGAAGCCUGA